AUGGGCAAGUCACUCAAUGAAGCUGUAGCUUCGAACCUCCGAGCCACGAUUGACCGUGAGGUACAGUCCGGCGUUGUUCCCCCAUUUGAGUACUUUGCUGCGGACAGAGAUGGGGACAUCAUCUUUUCCCACAUCUCGGGUACAAGAGGCCUUGGAUCAAGCGAGCCGCUUGCCCUGGACACAAUUUUCUGGAUGGCGUCUUUGACAAAACUCAUUACAACCAUUGCCUGCAUGCAGCUUGUCGAACAGGGUUAUAUAACGUUAGACGAUCCGGAGCAAGUAGCGCUGGUCGCCCCGGAGCUGAGCAAGUUUCAGGUACUUCACCGCUGUGACGGCGGAGGCUUUCAACUUGAAGAUCAGCGGAAGCCUAUAACCUUGAGAAUGCUAUUGAAUCAUACAGCCGGUUUUGGCUAUGCGUUUGACGACCCCAGGCUACGAGACUGGUCACUGCCGGCCGGUAUCGACGACUUCCACGCCGAUUUCUCAGAGCUACUCCGGCAUCAAUUAGUCAACCAACCAGGGGAGAAAUGGCAGUACGGUGUCGGACUUGACUGGGCAGGAGUCAUCCUGGAGCGGCUCACCAAAACGACACUAGAUGACUACGUACAAAAGCAUAUAGUUCAACCACUCGGUUUGAAAGACAUCACUUUCGUGCCUACAGAUUCCAUGAAACAGCGGCUCGCAUAUAUGCACCAGCGCCAACCUGAUGGGAUAUUGCAGCGAACCGAACAUAUCAACCGACGCCACUUACUUGCGCAUACAAGGAAAGAGGCACAGGCAGUAUUUCAGAUGGGUGGCUGUGGCUGCUUUGGCAGGCCUGACCAAUAUUGUCAAAUCAUCGCCACUCUUCUCAAUGGGGGAUAUAACAGCAAGGCUGGUGUUCGCUUAUUGCGUCAGGAGACUGUAGAAGUCAUGUUCGAGGAUCAGAUCGCUGACAAGCCCAUCUAUACCUACAAGACCUGGGAGACGGCCAAACCUCUACUUGCAAACUCAUCGCCAUUGUUUCCGCCGCCGAAGGACGCAAAUUCUGAAGACGACACAAUGGGUUGGGGACUUUCAUUUGCACUGACUCUCCGCGCUGGAAGCACAGGUCGCUCAGCGGGAACCGCUUCUUGGGAGGGUCUGCCCAAUCUAUACUGGUUUGCCGAUCGUCAGAAUGGACUGGGCGGCAUCAUUGCUGCUCAGGUUCUUCCAUAUGGAGACAAGCCUAUUGUAGGUUUGUCUGAGGAAAUUGAAACGGCGAUAUAUAAAGCAUACAGUCGGCCUGAUUAAUAGCGCGUGCUCAUUAUCACCAGACGUGAUACGCGUCAAUCUAUGUUCAAUCUUC